AUGGCCUCCCAACCCAGCCAAGGCCUCGUGCUAGGCUACACAACCCUGCACCCCUUCUCGCAGAUCCCCCUCUCGGACCGGGCGUCGGUCCAGGCCCUCCUGAGGGCCCUGCUCGACCCCCUCGAGCCCUUCUUCUCCCCGCUCAAGGCCCGCGUGCGCUGCCCCGGCGCCACGGCCGUGCGCUUCGAUCAGACGGCUUCCGAGGUCGAGGGCUUCGCCCGCCCGCUGUGGGGAGUGGCGUGCCUGCUCGCCGGCGGCGGCAGCUAUCGUGGGACGCAGUGGUGGAUCGACGGGUACCGGGCCGGGACGGACCCGGAGAGCACAGAGUACUGGGGGUAUCCGAGCGACAAUGACCAGCGUAUGGUCGAGAUGUGUCCGCUGGGGUUUGCGCUCGCGGUGGCACCCCAGAUCUGGGAGGGGUUGAGUGAGCGGGAGAGGGGGAAUGUGGAGGCGUGGUUGGGGAAUAGUAUCAAUGAGAAGAACAUGCCGAACACGAACUGGCUCUGGUUCCGCGUGUUUGCGAACCUGGGGUUGAAGAAGAACGGGGGCAAGUUCUCGCAGGAGAGGCUGGAUGCGGAUAUCAAGCACCUGGAGACAUUCUACCGCGGAGAUGGGUGGUCGAAUGAUGGGCCCGAAGGGAUUCAUCAGAUGGACUAUUACUCGUCAAGCUUUGCCAUUCAGUUCCUCCAGCUGCUCUACUCCAAGCUGGCUGGAGAGGAAGACCCGGAACGCGCGGCCGAGUUCAGGAAGCGAGCCCAGAUGGCGGCUCUUGACCUGGCCCACUACUACGACGAAGAGGGACGAGCCAUUCCCUUUGGCCGCAGUGUUGGCUACCGCUUCGCCAUGGUAUCGUUUUGGGGCGCCCUCGCGUACGCCGACGUCGAGCUGCCGGCUCCCCUGACCUGGGGCAUGGUCAAGGGCAUUGUGAUGCGCCAUCUGCGGUGGUGGCAAACACAGCACGACAUGUGGAGUUCGAGCGGCACGCUGACCAUCGGGUACUCGUACCCCAACAUGUAUAUGGCCGAGAAUUACAACAGCCCUGGCAGCCCGUACUGGGCCUGCCUGGCCUUUAUCUGCCUUGCUGUGCCCGAGACCCAUCCUUUCUGGACUUCUGAGGAGGAGAACCACUGGGACGUGCUCCCCAAGGUCAAGGCGCUCAAACACCCAGGCCACAUCAUGAGCAACCUCGGCGGGCAUUGCAUGCUUCUCUCCUCAGGCCAAGCCUGCUCCUACCCCAUGAAAGGCACGCACGCCAAGUACGGCGCCUUCGCCUACUCGUCGGCCUACGCGUACUCGGUCCCGCCGGGCCUCCUGACGCUCGAGCAAUACGCGCUGGCGUCGCAGCUCGGCCUGUCGGACGACGGGGGCGAGUACUGGAAGACGCGGCGGCUCUCCGAGUCCUCGCUGCAGACGCGCGGGGGAACGCCCGUGCUAGUCUCGCUGUGGUCGCCCUUCCCGGACGUGCACGUCAAGACGUACCUAAUCCCGCCGCACGAGUCGACGCCCAACUGGCACCUGCGGGCGCACCAUAUCCGCGCCGAGGGCCGGGCCGUCAUGACGGCCGACGGCGGCUUCGCCAUCAGCAACCAGCGCGCCGCCGACGGCCGGCUCCUGGGCCUGUAUGACGCCGCGGCCGGCGAGGGCACCCGGCCCAAGCUGAUUGGCAACUAUGACACGGUCACGCCUGAGGGCUGGGCCGACGGGCGCGAGGGCGCGUUUGCGGUAUCCAAGGGCGCCGUCGGCGUGCGCGCGCUCGAGGGCAAGGAGCUCGGCAACGGGCGGACGGCGAUGCUGGUGAAUGCGGAUCCCAACUCGAAUCUGGUCGAGAGCCGGACGACGAUCCCCACGCUGCAGGGCACAGUCGCCAAGGGGGAGAGUGUGUGGUAUGUGACGGCCGUGUAUGCCAAGCCGAGUGCGGAGGGGGUGAAGAGGGACGAGUAUCUGAGCGGGUGGGAAGCUGUUCCUGGGGUGCCGGGGUGGUUGAGGGAGGAGAUGGGUCAGUGA